GAUUGGGCCAAGUGGCUAAAGAUAGCCCAGUUCUCGUACAAUAUCAAACAGUCGUUGGCUACAGGGAAAGCACCAUUUGAGGUUACAAGAUUAUACCUCCCCAGAAUGGGUGUAGAACCUGGCAAAAGCAAGAAUGGGGCUGCUAAGAGCAUGGUAAAGGACAUAAAAUCUGUCUUAGAUGAAACGCACAAGGUGCUAUUCAAAACUGCAGAGCAGAUGAAAGACAGGGCAGAGUGUAGACACUCCAUAGCUUCUGACUACAAGGUUGGCAAUCUCAUCUGGUUAGAUACCGACCACUUAAAAUUAAAAGAUUGGCAUUCUAGAAAACUGACCAACAAGUGGAUUGGUCCUUACCAGAUUAAGGAAGCAAACCCAAUGCGGUAG